AGUUUCCCAAGAAGGACUGCUCUGUAUAGUACUGUAUUAUAAAUAUAAUGUGUGAGACUGUAAAGUUCAGUGUAGUGUGGGGAACUUGGCUAUAGUUAAUUUACCUGUCACCUCUUAUUUUGGGCUUGCACUGUUCUUUUGUAUUUGUAUGAAAUUUCCUUCUUGAAUUUUUGCCUGCCCUUUCAAAGAUGUGUGGGUCCAUUCUGGUUCAUUUCAUUUAGAUUUCCAUGGUUUUCUUUAGAAAUUAUAUAAACAUAAAUUUAAUAAUUCUAAGCUUGGCCUCUUGAAGGACGCAUCUGAUGGCUUUGUUAAGUAUUAGCAGCUGUGUUCUGUGCUUACUAAAGUUUCUGUAAAAUGUACUGUAAUAUGUAGAGUGCUGGUUCUUAGAAUGUGAAAUAGCAAUUACACAUUCCCUAAUAUUUUGGAAAAAGAUUAAAUAAGGAUGAGGCAAGUUCAGAUUCCAAGUUGUUGAUGUCAUACUCAUCCCCCACCCCCUCUCACACACGCACUGAUUGGUAUUACAUUAUAGUUCAUGUUUAUCCAUUCAUGCUGUUCUCCUUCAUGAGGCUGAAGCAUACUUUGAUCAGAAAGUUUGUGUUGGUAGGAAUGAUAAUAAGAUUGUUAACAAAUUUUCUUUGCUACUUCUAGCUAAAAGUAUGCAGCAUCGUGAUAUUCACAGUGAAAUUAAAAUCAGAAAGUGCAGUCUACUAUUUCUUUCAGAAUCUGGUGUCUCCUGUUUUAUCUAAAAACUGAAAGAUUGUUAUAUGGUAUGUAAAACUACAACUUUAUCAGUGUAAAACUUGAUCUGUUACUCAAAAUGAAUAACGUAGCAUCCGUGGGAAGGUUUAUGUUAUCUGUUAGUCAAGACACACACAGUGGCAGGAGUAAAGACUGAUUCGAUCCUGGCCAGGUUACAUCUCACAAACUAUUUUCCCUGUGAAGUCACAUUUAAUAUUAUUCUCCAAUGCCAUCUUGGUCUUGCAAGUGGUAAUUUUUCCUAACCAAAAUUCUGUUUGCAUUCCUUGUCUCCUGGGUGCUAUAUGUUUAUCCUAUCAUAACCCGAACCACAUAAAAUGUACAGCGUUGAUAAUUAUUAUAAAAUCCUCAAUUUUCUACAUUUUCUCUCUGUCUUAUGUCCAUUUAUUUUCUAUAGCAUGUAUGUUACGUUACUUCCUCAGAGUGGCAGACCAUGUUUUACAGCCACACAGUAUUGAGCUGCGUGUAGUGAUGGCAAGUAGUUUUAAUAUUGCUAAGACAUAUAUUAACGUGGACAGUAUUAAUUGUAUUUGGUUACUGUAUAAUUUUGUGCCAUGUGGGACCAAGCAUACACUCUUUAUCUUUAUUAGCAGGCUAAGUAGCAAUGUUAAUUCAGUGCCUUCUUUUCAGCAUGUAAGAAUGAAGUGCUGUUGUAAUGGUUCAACUCUGUUCUAACCUUCACCAUCAUAACAUUGAUUUUGUUCUAAUAUAUAUAUUUUGGGGGGAGGAGAGGUGCACAAAUUCAGAAAUGUUGAACCAAGUGGAAGGAAUUGGCAAUAAGAAGAGAUGUUUAUUGAUGGAAUGUUUGUCCUGUUCCUCUUUUAAAAUUUUCUAUCAUUUGGAAAAAUAUGAAAAAGAUAUGAUUUUCUAAAUAAAAGUGUAUCGCAAGAGGUAACGUGAAGUACGAGAAAAAAUACAGCACUUAAAUGCUUAAGAGAUUUCUGUCCCCAUAAUGUUCCUGACUUGUUCAUUUAUUAUGGAUCGAAUUUUUGUGACAUUGAUUUAGGGAGAUCUGAGAUGAUGGCUAUUAUAAGUGAGGGGUUCUUCUUGACCAUUAUACACACAGAAAUUUAUAAAGCUUUUUUGUUUCUUUGUAAGGCUGGGAUCACUGUUUCAUAGCAUUUUUAUUGUGAAAAGAAAUAAGUAUUUAGUUCACAGUCUUCUGAGAUGUUGCCCUGUGCAGUCUGGUAGAAAUUGAAUGAUGUUUCAGAGGUGCUUACUGCUUCCAUCAUUAGGGCAAUGAGACAGCAAACAGUUCUGAAACAUCAAUCAGUUUCUACCAGACUGCACAGGUCAACAUCCUAGAAGACUUUUGUCUUCUUGUCACCAUGGGAACUUGAAAUAUUAGCUGUGUAUUUAUUACAGGGUAUUAAAAUAAUGAGUUGGUCUUUCCCGGUUCAUGCAACAUCAGACGGGAAUGCUGCUAGGGAUUCAUAAAUAUUGGUGUUAGUGGACUUGGGUUGUGUAUGCUGGACACAUUGUCAUGUUAUUUGGGAAACCACUUUGAACAUUUGACAGAAUGUGGUAUAGGUAGGAGGAUGCCUUAAGAGGUGGAAAAUUUCUUUACCACCCGCUUUUCAGUGACAUUCCUGUGUGUGGAAUGAGGUGUUUCUUUAAAGCCAUAUUUUAGGGCUUUUUCGUAAGUAAAGGGACCAACAUAUCGAGACUAAUGUACCAAACAAGAUACUGUGUUCAUAUUACUGCAUUUUCUUUAUGUUUGAUAUGCUGUAGACUGCUGUGCUAGAAAGACACCAAUGUAUAGCGUUAUCACAUUUUACUAAAACAGAAAUACUUUCACAACAAUUUGUUUGUCAGAACAUGAAGUUUCAUGCUGUCAGCACUAGACAUCUCACUUUCUGCCUUCUGUGCCCGUAUGAAAAGGUUACAUUCUUUGUUAAAUUAUAAAUGUCUUUAUGUACAAAUAAUUUAAUGCUUGUAAUUGCUUGUGGCAACUCCUGAUGUUGCGUGGACAAGAUUGAGCCUAUUGUUAGUUGCAGGGACCAGUAGUGGUGUUUUAUAUAACUGUUAGUAUUUUUCCUACAUAUUUCUGAUUGUCUUGUAUUACAUACCUUGUAAGAAGGUGGUGAUUAUUUGUAAAUAAUUCAACAGAAUGCAGCACUUGUUAUGCUUUAUUGAACAUGGAGUAAGGGUUCCUUUUAUAUAAUUUUUAUAUUAUUGUUACAAUUUGUAUGUACUGGAGAGGAACAUUGCAGUGUUGUAUUGGCAGCCAUUACAUUGUUCUUCAAAUUGCAUUUUACAUACAUUUAUGGAUAAUGUUCUCAGAAAAUUCUUAUGCUUAAUUUUGCUACACAAAUAAAAUUGCUGUCAGUACAAGAUUGUUUUGUUUGGAUGCAUCUGGAAAAACUUUGUGUUUAAUUUCAUGGUUUCAAAAGGGUCCAUUUGCACAUAACCUCUUCAGGACAGUCAGAAGGUUUGAAUUUGAUAUCUAAAGUUGUAUGUGCCUCUGUGAAUGUCUUGCGUUCCGUCCAGAUGUCUUCUCACUGAAUUGUUUACAGAAUAAAUUAUUGUUUUACUAACAGAACUGAGAACAUUUUUAAUCCUUCUCUUUACCCAGAGACAUUCAAACCUUCCUGACUAUCGAUGCAUAUGGAAUAUAAAGAAAUUUUAUGAGCUGUCAUUAAGUAAUUUGAUAUUGACUGGGUAAUUAUGGUUUGAUUUCUGACUGGAAAGUGACUUUUGUUAUUGCCACUGCAUGCAGGUAUAAAAAUGCGGUGGCAUUUUGCUGUGUUAAAUUUAAGUUUUUGCUUGUGCCAAGCAUUUGGGAAAGUAUGUUAUGUAGGCUGCCAAUUGGCAAACAACUUGCAUGUUGCUUUAUUCCUGCAGUUCUUUAAUCAAAAUUUGAAGUUCGAGCCAUAAGAAUUUCAUUAUCACGGUUUAUAUUGGGGCAUGUCAAUCGUAUACAAGAAAUGUUCGAACUGGAUGGAGAUUUUGAUUUGGAUGAGGAUUUUCUGCAAGGAGCAUUUGAAAAAGAAACUGAAUAUGCAAAGAGAAUUCCAGGACUCGGAACGAAAGGAGAAAAACGUUCUUCACUUGAAGAGGAGCCUUAUAUAACAAAGAAAAAUAAAUUAACAAACAAGACAGUGAGACCUGCUUACAUUGAUGUAACUCCACAGCACUGUCACAGGACUGGUCAGGCUGUUCGUCAGCGAAAGUUUCCAGGUCCAGCAGGCUUGCUACCAGACAAAGACUAUGCAAUGAACCAGUCCACAGUUCUAUCUCCCACAGCAGAUUCUGAGAUGCUCCAUAAUGAGAACCUUUUGUGCUCCCAACCAUCCAGUUCAAUGUUUGAGACGGCAGCCUGGCAACAGAUGUUGAGGGAUUUUGAGUUGAGUGACAGCAGUGGGCCUCUCAGUCAGUUUACAGUGGCGUGGGUUAAGCGACGAGCUGCUGCACGACAGCUAUGGCAUCAGAAGGUUCCAUUCCUGGUGACAGUGCUGCGUGACCUGGAUUGUAGCUCACCUGAUCCAUGUGUCGUUCUACAAGACAGAACAGGGGAGGUCCAUGGAACACUACAUCGUGAGGUGUGGGAGCUGUAUGGAGGACAGCUGCAGCCUGGAGCUGUCCUGGUUCUUCGCCAGGUGGGCGUGCUUAGCACUGGAAUUACAGCACGACGACACUACCUCAAUGUGACUUGUAAUAACAUCAUUAACAUCUACAGCAAUGUUUUACAAGAUGAAAUAGCAAGCAAACAUAGCAGCAAUGUCAGAAGAACAAUGGUACAUCAUGUAUCUCAUGGGGAACUAUUGAAGAGCGCCACUGAGUGGCAGCUACACCACUCUGCACCUGAUACCUCCCUGACUUGUAGGCCUAUAAAUUCCUUGUUCAGUACUGUUGGUAGUCCUGCAAAUUUAUCACUACCCCAUCAUGCUCUAAAACAAAGUGGGAACAUUGGAGGUAAUGCCUCUCCUCUAUUCUCCCAUCCAAAUGGUUGGCAACGGAAUCCUUCCAGUGUUCCUAACUUGGCGUGUUGUACAAGAGUUUCACAAACUGCUGAUAGAACAUUGUAUAACUCAGUUAAUAGCAAAGAUAAUAUGAGGACUCAGAAUUCUUUAAAUAACAGUGUACAGAUCAGGAAAACAAAUUUGCAGAAUGUUAUGAACAUAUCAAACUCUUUAAAUGGUAAGUCAUAUGCAUCUACAAUUAUAAAUAGCAGCACACCAUUUAACAGGAGAGUCACAGAUGCAGCAGAACAGCCACUACAUGGCAAGUCUGCUUUAUAUAGGCAGAAUGUGUCAGAUUCACCACAGCAGAUUCAAGAUGGAAAGCAUUCUGGUAAUGAACAAUUCAAAUUUAAGCUACAGCCAACAUCUGCUUCAUUUGGACAGAAAGUAUUGCAUUCUCUACAUCAACGUGAUGAAAGAAACAAUGUUGGGAGUGAAGGCUUUGACUAUCAACCACAGCCAACUCCUCCUCUCAAUUCCAACAGAACUGAUAAGUUGGCACCAGCAUUUAAAGGAGGUUUCGUACCCAAAGUGUCACGUUUUGGAAGUCCAGUACCUGCUGUUUCCCACCCCUCAUACUCGUCCCAGGUUCUUGCUGCUUCCGGCACAUCAUUUGAUGUCUCUGACUCACACAGACCUUCACAUUCAGCAACAACUGUAAUGGACCACUUACAAGAAACUUGCACUGUUUCGAUGUCUUUGAAUUUUGGUGGUGGACGUUCUGCCAGUGGUCAUAAUUCAUCAAGCGAAAGGACCUCCAAGUCAAUUGAGCGCAUGACAGAGGUUGAAAAUUCAGGAUUGGAUGUUUUAGAAGGACUUGACACCAACUCUUUGUUCGACGAGUUCUAAGUGAAAAUGCUACCAUGUGAAUUGUAGCAGUGUUGUCAAAUAUGACUCAGAAAAUUUAGUCCUCCACAGAUCGCUUUCAAGCCAGUUUUUAAAAAGCAUCCUGCAUGGCCUUUGAGGUGUAUUCAAAUGGCUGGAAGGGUCAGGUGGGCUUAUGGGGUGUCUGUUGUUCAAAGAAGUCAGGAUAAUUAUUAGUACACAAGAAGUUAAUGUGUUGAGACCUGAUACAUUGUGUCCUAUAAUUUCCAUGUGUUGGUUUAAUUAAAAUCAAACUUUAUUUACACAGUCACAUUUGAGUAACUUAACAGCAUAUUAUGGUGGUUUAAAAUCUUGUAUGUUGAGGAAAGAUCUAUGUAUUUGUCAGUAGCAUUGUUUUGUGUGAUUUACUUGAAACUGUGCAACUUUUCACUGAAUCCAUUUUUAUUGACUCAUUAUUUGUUAUGAAUGUAUUUGAUCUCAUUUAUUUAUUUUUUUUGCUAGUCAUGUGUCAUUUCUUGGCAAAAUGAAGCUCCAUGGCGUCUAUGUCCUGCAAAGAAAGUGUAAAGAUUGCACUGCAUGUAAUAUUAUAUGUGUAAAAAGCA